AUGGAUUUAAAAGCACUUGCUAAGAAAGAAUCUAGCAUAGCAUUUGUUGCAGGAGGUAUAGCUGGUGCUGUUUCUAGGACAGUUGUUUCACCUUUUGAACGUGUUAAGAUAUUGCUACAGGUACAGAGUUCCACUAGUGCAUACAAUGGUGGUAUUUUUAAUGCUGUAGGCCAGGUUUACAAAGAAGAAGGUGUCAAAGGUUUAUUUCGAGGUAACGGUCUAAACUGCAUUCGUAUAUUUCCUUAUAGUGCGGUCCAAUUCGUAGUAUACGAAUGGUGUAAGAAACACAUCUUUCAUGUUGAUGGCUUUUUCGGAAAAGAGCAAUUGCAAAAUUGGCAAAGACUAGUCGCUGGCGGACUAUGUGGGGGGAUGAGCGUUCUUGCAACAUAUCCACUUGAUUUAGUCCGUACUAGGUUAUCCAUCCAGACAGCAAAUUUAGCUAAGCUCUCGAAAUCCAAAGCCAAAGAUAUCGCAAAGCCACCUGGUGUGUGGGAGUUAUUGGUUAAAACCUUCAAAGAGGAAGGUGGGAUAAAGGGUUUGUACAGAGGAGUGUACCCUACAAGUCUUGGUGUAGUUCCUUAUGUUGCAGUGAACUUUGCGGUCUAUGAACAACUAAAAGAAUUCAUGCCAACUACCGACGCAAACUUGGCACAUUUGUACAAAUUAACUAUGGGUGCCAUUAGCGGAGGUGUGGCUCAAACCCUUGUAUAUCCAUUUGACCUAUUACGUAGGCGGUUCCAAGUUUUGGCGAUGGGGGGAAAUGAAUUGGGAUUCCAGUAUAAAAGUGUCACCGAUGCAUUGGUUACUAUAGGAAAAACAGAAGGCCUCAAAGGUUACUAUAAAGGUUUGACUGCAAACUUAUUCAAAGUCAUUCCAUCAACUGCAGUCAGUUGGGUAGUAUAUGAAUUCUGUAGGGAUGCAAUGAAUGCAUGGUAA